AUGUCAAAGAACACGCUUUUGUUAAUCUAACCUGAAAAAGCAAGUCGUACUGUUUCGAAAAUGUCGAAAUUGUUCGACGGAGAUUCAGAUUGCGAGUUUGAUGUUAAAACAAAUAAUGAAUAUGCAAAAAAUUACGAUAAUUGGCGUAAAAAAGAGGAAAUCAACAAACUAAAAACAAAAUAUGGAGAAGAAAACAUUGACUUCAGUCUGGAUAAUGAUUCUUCGAGUUCAUCGGAGGACGAUGAAGAUGGUGUGGAGUUAACUGAAGAAGUUGAGAAGGAUUUCUUUAAAACGCUCGCAUGUUUGAAAAAGAAGGAUCCUCGUAUUUAUGAUGGAAACGUUAAUUUUUUUAAUGAAAAACAAGCCUCGCCUAAGAAAGAGAAAAAGAAGAAGGAACAGCCAAUGUUCAUAAAAGAUUAUGAACGGAAGCUUAUUUUGGAAAAAGGUGGCCAACUCAGUGACAGUGAACAGGAAGAUGACGAUCCAAGAUCUAAGUCGCCAACUUAUGUAGAGGAACAAAAAAAGUUAAAAGAGAAUUUGAAAAAUGCAUUGAAUAAUAUAGAGGAUGAAAAUGAUGAAAGCUGGGGUGGUCUGUUUAAGGAGAGAAAGAAAACACAAGAGGAGAAAGCAAAGGAAGAAGCAGAAUAUAAAGAAUGGCUCAUUGGACAGAAAGAAACAUUGGAAGACAAAAAUAUUGAAUCAGAUUUAAAACCUUUGAAGGAUUUUUGGAAUAACCCUAAGUUGGACAAAGGUGAACAAUUCCUUCGAGAUUAUAUUCUAAAUAAAAAGUAUUUAGAUAAAGAAGAUGAGAAUUAUAUACCUACAUAUGAUGAAAUUAUUCACGAUUCUGAUGCAUCAUUAUCAGAUGAUGCCGAAGAAAUUGAAAGGCAAGAAGAGUUUGAACAUAAGUUUAACUUUAGAUUUGAAGAACCUGACCAAGAGUUUAUUAAAAGGUAUCCUCGUACUAUGGAACAUUCCUUGAGACAGAAAGAUGACAAAAGGAAAUUAAAAAGGGCUGAGGUUAAAGAGAGAAAGAAGAAAGAAAAGGAAGAAAAAAUGCAGGAUCUCAAAAAACUAAGAGAGCUGAAAAGAAAAGAAAUAGAAGAAAAACUUGAAAAACUAAAAGAGAUUUCAGGAAAUGAUGAUAUUGGUUUUCAAGAUGAAGAUAUUGAUGGUGAUUUUGAUCCAGAGGCUCAUGACAGAAGAAUGCAGGCAUUAUUUAAUAAUGAAUUUUAUGAGGGGCCAGAAGAAGACCAAAAGCCAGAAUUUCCAGAUAUAGAUGAAGAACUAGAAAUAGAGAGAUGGGAUAAAUAUGGUGAAGCUGAAGUUGACGCUGAAACUCAGUAUGAACCACACUGUGAGGAUGAAAAUUUUAAUAUGGACUGUGACUACAAUCCUGAUCAAUCAACUCAAGAAGAACUAAUAGAAAAUUCCAAAGGAAAGAAAAAACGUAAGCGAAAAUCCAAGUUUGCUCAAGCAGUGAGCAAACCUAAACCAAAAUUCGAUCCAACUGACAAAACAUAUGAAAAAUAUUUUGAUGAAUAUUAUAAAUUAGACUGUGAAGACUUUAUAGGAGAUAUACCAUGUAGAUUUAAGUACCGCGAAGUUGUUCCAAAUGACUUUGGUUUGAGUGUUGAAGAGAUUUUAAUGGCUAAAGAUAGAGAGCUUAAUAAAUGGUGUUCCUUAAAAAAGGCUGUGCAAAUUAGACCUGACCAUGUAGAGAAGUAUGAUCAGAUUGCAUUUGCAAAGAAGGGACAAAAUAUUAACUUGAAAAGAAAAUUGUUGCCAAGUUUAUUUGAAGAGGAUAAAGAAAUAAAUGAUGAUACUAAUGGCCAUCUGCAACAAGUUGUAGAUGCCAGUAAUACCUCAAAGAAAAAGAAAAAAAUUAAAAAUUCUGAAAAUCAAGAAAAUAAAACAAAAGAAGAAGAAUCAAAUGCCAAGACAAAUAAGGAAGAGGACAGUGAGAUUUCAAAUAAAAUGUUAAAGGAUGACCAAACUGAUGCUGAAAAAAUGAGUGAUGUACUUGUUAAGAAAAAGAAAAAAGGAAAAAAAGAUUUGUCAAGUUGUGAAAGUACUAAUGUUAGCCAGAAUGAAACUAAUGGAGACAUUAAUACAGAUAUUGUUUCAAAAAGUAAUGAAAACGAGAAUGAGAAUGUGUCAGAUAUGGUAAAAACAGAUUCUAAGAAGAAGAAAAACAAUAACAAUUCAACAGAACCUAAUACAACCAAUAAACAGAAAAAUAACAAAAGGAAAAGGAAACUCUCAGAAAAUAAGUUAAAUCACAAAAAGAGGAAAACAGAUGUGGAAGUUGGCAUUUCAGACGCCAGAUUGAAAGCGUUUGGAAUAAAGCCGAAGAAAUUCAAAAAUAAAUUAAAAUAUGGUAAUAAACAAUAAAAUGUAUAUAAUUUUAUAAUUACGUUUAAUAUAAAUUUUCUUGUAUAAAACUAUAUGAUAAAAUAAAUAUAUUAUAAAACCUUAA